AUGGGAUGGAGACGUCAGCUUUGUGUUCGGAGUACCAUUGUUUCUGAAGUCAAGGGAAAUUUCUCCUAUUUUGCACAGGAUGGAAAGAAGUUGAGCACUUAUUUGAAGGUUGUCAGGAUACUCUCUCCAGAAGACAUUGCCGACGACGUCGAGUUGAUGUUUGCCAAUUGCCGUCAAGUCAACACUGACCACUCUGAUGUUGGUCGUGCCUGA